AUGAAAACCAAACCAAAAAGAUUUUGGAACUACGUGUGCGAUUGCAUACCAUCCGGGAAAAGAACACCAAAAGAACCAGAUGAAAUCCAGAUUCCUGUGGAAGUAUCAACGGAAAACACCUGCCAGGAAAAGGAAUAUCCCAAACCUGCCAUCCAUGAAAGCAUAGAGAAGGAAGAACUGGCAGAGAAGAAAGAACUGGUGGAGAAGAAAGAACUGGUGGAGGAAAAAGAACUGGUGGAGAAGAAAGAACUGGUGGAGACAGCAAACCCAGAAUUAGGUCAAGAGAUUACAAAAUCCAAACUGAAAAAGAUUUGGAACUACAUAUGCAGCAAAUGUCCAUGCUGGAAAACAGGGCCAGAGGAACCUGAAAUCACGGAAACCAAAGUACUGAAGACUGAAAAGCCUGACCCUACCAUCGAGGAAAGCGUGAAAACAAGGGAACUAGAAGAGGAAGUUUCCCUUGAUUUAGGUAUUCCCAUAGAAGUUGCAGUUUCUGAGGAAAGUUCGGACAGUGAUACAGACAGUGGAGACGACACUCAGUUACGACUCAUGAGCAUCCAAGCAGUGGAACUUGCAGAGAGAAAGCUUUAUUUUAAAGCCCAGUUGGAUAAGGCAAUUCGGGAAAACAAAAUUUUCUGGAUGGAGUAUCUACAACCUACCAUCAUGGAAGGCCUGCUGAAGAGAGGAUGGAUACAGAAAAUAGCCUGUUGUUUUGAUUCAGGACCAGAGGACAGUAUAUUCCCUAAUCCAAAGGGAAUCAGCGAUAUGGGGAUGCAACUUUCUUAUGCUGUAAAGUCCUCAUUCAUCUGGUCAUAUCUGCAAUUUCCCGAUGCUGUUAUGGAAGAAGGUCAACUGAUGAACUCGUUUGGCAAUACAGACUGCUUUACAAACAAGCGUGGACUGUGCAUGUUCAUAAGAAGAGUAGAAACGUUUGCCGGAGUGAAUGCGGACACAUUCUUCCCACGCAGCUAUGACGUGACAGAUAAAGAUGGGAAACAGUCAUUCGCAGACGAUUUCAUGAUCACUGCAACUCACAGUAUCAUUAAAUGGAUUGCACGACGAAUCAGUACGCCUGUGCAAGCAGCAGAAACUACAAGGAACAGCGGCACAUUGGUAUCUGUUUCAUUUGAUUUCAUUUUAGCAGCCCUAAAGAUCUGCAAAAUGUACCUUGGCAUCUCAACCAAUGAGGAUAUAGACAAGGAAGGUGAAGAGCUGAAUCCUGAUUGGAAUGAAUAUUUGGAGGGCUACUAUCAGCUAAUACAUGACGGUGCCGAGAUUGAAAUUCCUGCCAAGUAUGCUGCCCAUUGCUUCCAUGUAUUAGAUGAGAUUGAGGCAGUACGUCCACAGCUGGAUAUAGAUGCAGGAAAGAAUAUCUGGAUCCUAAAACCAGCAUGUCUCUCCGGAGGAAAAAAUAUAUAUUGCAUGAAUCGUCUGAACAAAAUAACCUCUUGUGUGGAUGACCAUCAAAGCAAUGAAAUGAUAAGGCAGUGGGUAAUACAAAAGUACAUCGAGAGGCCACUGCUUGUUUAUGGCACUAAGUUUGAUAUGCGCCAGUUUUUCUUAGUUACGAGCUGGAACCCCCUGACUGUCUGGUUCUAUAAGAAAAAUUACUGUCUACUGUCAUCACAGCCUUUCAGCUUGCAUAAUCUAGACAGUUCCAUACACCUGUGUAACAGAUCCAUACAGGGGAACCUUACAAACUGCCCAACCCGUCACCCUGACCUUCCUGAAGACAAUGUUUGGUCUGAUAGAGAAUUGCAGAAAUACCUAUGUAUGAUUGGGGCAGAACAUGCCUGGGAAGAUGUGAUGGUGCCAGGGAUGAAGAAAGCCAUAUAUAGCACCAUGCAGGUUUCGCAAAAUUUAGUAACAAACAGAAAUAACAGGUUUGAUAUUUAUGGUGCCGAUUUCAUGUUCGGCGAAAACUUCAAUCCAUGGCUGAUCGAGAUCAAUUCCAGACCAGAUUUUACUCAAACCACAGAAGUGACUGAUGUGAUCUUCAGAAGCCUUUUAGAAGACACCUUAAAAGUUGUCAUUGACCGAAAGAAUGACCCUAACUGUGACAUUGGAGCAUAUGAGCUGAUACAGAAACAGGUACAUUUUUAUUAA